AUGUUACAUAGUGUGGAAGACAGCAGUGCCCUGGACCUCAUUGUAGAAGUUCUGGUGUGGCUUGUGGUGGAGCUGAAGUCAGAGCAGUACUUACGCUGCAUUUUGGAUGAAAGCCAAAAAGAGCUGUGCAAAGCAACUACCCUGAGAAGCAGCCUGCCCACGUUCACUCUCUUGGGCAAGCUGGCAGAUGCCAUCCCAGGCUUUGCUGAUGUACUGGUGGUAGAGCACAGUAAUUUAGUGGAUCAUCUGCUGAUAGGCUUGACAUACCCAAAUGAAGGUAUUAGGGCUGCUGUCUGCUACUUGUAUGGCAAGCUGUACUCCUCUCCUGUCGGCACAGAACGGCUCUCGGCACAUUUUGAAGAAAGGCUCUGUGGUCUCUUCUUGAGUACCUUGGGGCGUGCACAGACAAAGGAGCUGCAGGUUAAUUGUCUAGGUUUGCUAAAGGAGCUGCUGAAAUCUGAGCAUUUUGUAUCCAUUAUUAUGAAUAAUUCAAACACAGAGGAGGAGUCUGAGAACCCUGACUUCUUAGAAGGGGAAAAUCCACUGCCACUUGUUCUCAAAAGGUUUUUGUUGACCAGAGAUGAGGUGUUACAGGCAGCAAGUUCUCACUGUAUGGCUGCAGUGAUGGUUCACUCACCCAGCAGAUAUGCUCCUGCCUUUAUCCAUGCAGAUGUCCCAGAAUUCCUGUUUGAGUGUCUCUCCUGCAACAGUGAAAUUCUCAUCUGGUCAGUGUAUUCCUGCCUGCUCCUCCUGACGGAAGAGCGCCUUUUCUUCUCCAAGUGUCACACAGUCUAUGGCAUUGAAUCUCUGCUGAGGAGUCUCCGAGUUGUCCUGCAGCUGAACAAUGUGGAGUUGCACAAACAAGGGCUCCUGCUCCUCACUGAAAUACUGCAACGGCAACCAGUGGAAAUACAAUUAUUCACAAACAUAGGUGUAUGUAGAGAAGCCAUUGAUGUUUUGAUGGAGACAGUGAACUGCCCAGUGUUGGAGGUGGUAGUGGAGGCUGUGGGAGCUGUGGCAGCUCUCCUGAGGAAGGACCAUCUGAGCUGCCCUCCAGUCCCAUAUGAAUUGCUCCAGAAGCUGCUGGAGGCAGUGCUGAAGCGAUGUGCUGACUUUUUCCCACUACAGAGUAGCAAGAGACAUGCAGGUGACCUAUUUGCAGUGUCUCAGAGUCACCCAGCAAACAGAAAUCUCAGCAGAGUUUCUCACAGACAGGGCCAGUUCUUGUUCAACACCUUGGAAAGUUUCAGAAAUGCUUGCAGGUUAGCAGUGGAAUUCCAGAGCGACCCCAUGGCCCAGGAGAAUGCUUUCACUGCCCCCAACUCUGAGAGAAGGGACACACUGAGCAACUUCUCUGAGUUCCUGUUGAGGAUUUGUGACAAUCUCUGCAUCCCCAUGGUCGUGAACUACCUGGAAAGGGCUGUCAGCCCAUCAGUGAUGGAGGUUUUCAUCUCAACACUCAAUACCCUCUUUACAGUGGUGCCAAACAUGCAGAACAAGUUCUCCAAAAAGCUGGAGCAAGAGUUGUCUGAGCUCCUGCAGAAGGGUCUGCCUCAAUUAAACUACACUGUUGCUGAAAGCCUUCUCCUCCUGGCUGAAACCCCUGAACCCUUCACUCUGGACCAGUCUCUUUGCAGCCACCAACACUGCUUCAUACUACUCUUAUACUUUGCAUACACCCUUGGGGACAGGUUUGUCCCAGAAGCAGAGCUAUUUUUAGCUGUAAGAGAUUUCCUCCUAUUGGCACAGGACCAUGGGGACUGUCCCCCUCCAUACAUACUCAGAGCUGCACUUUACCUCCUUGCUGUCUGUCAGGACAAAGGCGAUGCCCUGGACUCGAGGUCAUUGUGUACCAUAAGAAGGAUCCUGGAUAAUCUCCCAGAUCUGAGCUUGGUCUACGUCCAUUGUCCUCUCCUGCUGAAAUUCUUCCUGCAGUACCCUGAACUUAUGGGGAGAUUUGGACACCAAGUCCUCCAACUUUGGUUUUCCUGGGGAGAGCACAAGCGAACUGAGACUGAAGAAGCUGGUCUUGGCACAUCUGAUCAGCUGAAUAGCACUAAUCCUUUACUUCCCAUUCUGAAGAGCAAUUCCAGCAUUUUACUUAUUUUACUGGACCUGGUCUGCGCAAGCUCUGUGGAGGUGGCUUGGAAGGUGUUGAUGACUCUAAGGACCUUCCUGGAAAGAAAUGAGGAUGUGCCUGUCUGUGACCUGCUCCGGAGUCAGUUCCUACAGAUUCUGCAGCAGCUGCUGGUAGAGAGCAGCUCAGCCUCCUUACAAGCUAACAGGAACCUGCCCGUUUUGCUGAGCCUCCUUUUCCUGGUGCAGCUGCGGAGCAAGGAUGUGAGGGAGCUGGACAGUACAGACUUCAAGCUGCUUCACCAGGUCAGUAAUCUCUGUGGGAAAUGCAGUCCAAGGGACACUGACCUCCUGCAGCCAUCCUUGAAUUUUCUGUACUGGAGCCUUCAUCAGACAACACCUUGUAGUCAACAGAGAGCAGUGGCUGUGCUGCUCUCCAAUGUGUCCUUGCUGGAGCUCCUGCAGAAGGUCUUGGAAUGCACCUGGUUGCAGUCCCCUUCCUCUGAACCUGCUUGCCUAUCACCUGAGGAUGCCUUGCUGUGCUCUGGGUGGCUGUUGGUUGCAUCCCUCUUACUUUAUCAGCAUCGCUACAAUACUGAGGUUCACCAGACUCUCUCUCUAGACCUAACAAAAGUCCUGGAUGCAGUCAUUUUCAGGAAGAAGAAGCCAAUCCUCCUGUUAGUGAGCAUCAUGCAAUUCCUGAGAGCUAUCCUGCGACAGAACUUCUCCUCUCUGCUGGUGAUCAUUGGCCAAAACACAGCCCAAGGUGCUGUGCAACCACAGCCAUCAUCACUGCAGGAUGCUGCCCUACACCCCCUGGCCACGCAGCAGGUCUUCUCACUUGUUGUCAGUCUGCAGAACCUUUUGGUGCAUGUCCAGUUGCAGAAAGACUUGCUGCUCUCUCAAGCUGUAGUUGCCUGCCUGGAAACUUUAGUGGAGUACCUGUAUGCCAAGAACCAGGAUGUUGCUCUACAUGUUGCUUCACAGCCCUGGCACCGAUUCCUGCUCUUCACACUGCUCCAUGGGGGCCAGAAGUCCCUUCUGCAGCCAGAAGUUCUCAGGCUGAUGACCUUGUUUCUGAGAUACCAGAGCAGCAAUAUUAUUUCUCAAAAAGACAUUAGCCAGAUUCUCCAGGAGGCAGCAGAAGCCAACUUAGCAGAGCUGCCUGCAGCCACAUCUCAUGCUCUUCAUCUCUUCCUUUGUCAGAUUCAGAGCAGUCACUGCCAGGUGGAGCCAGGGGCCAUUCAGACCUUGCUGGAGCACCUGCUGGGACAGAGAAGCAUUUGUGUGAAACAUCAGGACAUUGUGUAUCCUUUGCUGGAAAUGAGGAGACAUUUGGGAUGCAAGAUGGGUCUCUCUGCUGGGAUUGCCUUCAUCUGUAUGGUAGAGGUGGUGUGA